AUGUCGGAUGAGGGUAGUAAAUGGCGACCUCCUCGCGUGGUCUUUGAGGGCAAAUACGAUGCGACUUCUUCACUGGCGCUGGCGCUGUACAACUCUAUUGAGCAGAUUCUUCUCAUAGCCACGACCUUCAAAAAGUGGAAGGGCCUCUACUUCGUCUCGCUAGUCGUGGCCACUUAUGGUGUUAUAUCUUAUUCGGUCGGUCUCAUCCUGGAAUACUUCGAGGUCCCGCCAUACCUGUUUGGAAAGAUCCUCGACACAUCCGGAUGGUGCUUCAUGAUAACUGGACAAAGUUUGGUCUUAUACUCCAGGCUCAACCUCAUCUUAGUCAACGAGAAGAUUCUGGCAGGUGUCAAAUGGAUGAUCAUCUGCAACGCCAUAGUCUGGCAUUCCUCCAUCAUCCUGGUAGACUUUGGGACGACAUAUACAGACGACGUUGGAUUCGCAAAGUGCUUUUGGUAUCUCGAGCAUGUACAGAUGACCAUCUUCUGCAUUCAGGAGUUCAUAAUUUCUGGCCUCUAUGUAUGGCGGACAUCAGCCUUUCUCAAAGUCGUGUCGAAGACAAGCACCCGAAACAUCAUGUCACAGCUUUUCACCAUCAAUGUUAUACUCAUUGUCAUGGACAUCGCAUUGCUGUUCAUGCAGUACAAGCAUUGGAGAAUCUACCAGACGGUCACCAAAGCCUUCAUAUACAGCGUCAAGCUGAAGCUGGAGCUCAACAUUCUAUCGAAGCUGGUGGAUCUCGUCAGAAGUCCUAAUGAUCCUACGCUACUGAACGAGAUCGACGGGACCACGAUGCCUGGUCGGGCACAACGAGCGCUAAGGCGCGAGAUAUCUACACCAUCUCUCAAACCUGUCUGCGAUCAUGUCGAGCAUGGUUACGGCAACUCUAGCCAAGACGCACUUGCCGACCGCAGUCCGUCCCAAGUUUCGAACUCUCAAUCGUCGCGGACUACUGGCAGGGAGUCUGACAUACUGUAUGCGGACAUGGUGAGAUCGAUCAAGUGA